UGCGUCGUUUUCUUUCCAUAACAAGUUUCAUGUGCUUCUGCAGAAAGAAACAGCAUGGCAGCUACAGAAGCUCACAAAGUGAUUGUUUACGGAGGGAAAGGGGCUCUCGGAUCUGCAUGUGUGCAGUACUUCAGAGCUAAAAACUGGUGGGUUGCCUCUAUAGAUCUCAAUGUAAAUGAAGAAGCCAGUGCCAAUAUUACAGUGAAGAUGACUGAAUCCUUCACCGAGCAAGCCAGUCAGGUGACAGCUGAUGUCGGUGAGCUUUUAGGUGAAGAGAAGGUCGAUGCCAUCUUGUGUGUGGCUGGAGGUUGGGCAGGCGGCAGCGCCAAGGCUAAAACUCUGUAUAAGAAUACUGAUCUGAUGUGGAAGCAGAGUGUGUGGACCUCCACCAUUUGCAGUCACCUAGCAACCAAACACCUGAGAGAGGGGGGGCUGCUCACACUGGCAGGGGCUAAAGCAGCUCUGGGUCCAACAGCAGGAUGCAUUGGUUAUGGUAUGGCCAAGGCAGCGGUACAUCAGUUGUGUCAGAGUCUGAGCGGCCCAAAUGGUGGACUUCCUCCGGGAUCUGCUGCAGUGACCAUACUUCCAGUGACUUUAGAUACACCUAUGAAUAGAAAGUUCAUGCCAGAUGCUGAUGUCAGUUCCUGGACACCACUCGAGUACAUAACAGAGCUGUUCUAUAAGUGGACAACGGGAGAGAGUAGACCUCCGUCAGGUACUCUGAUGCAGCUGGUCACUGCAGGUGGAAAAACGGAGGCUUCACCAGUCUUAUGAUUAAUAUGACGGAUGCCAAUCAAAUUCCUUUAAGCCAAGCCAAUAAUCCACUACUGCAUUAGUGAUGCUUUUUAUCCUAUUGCCUUUUUCUUUACAUGUAAACACCAAAAUACUGUAAGUUGUAGUUAUUUAAAUUGGACGAUUGCAUAAAAAGUCAAAGAUCAUGUGUUGUGGGCGUGAUGGCAAAAAAAAUCGAAACUUUUA